AUGUUUCCCCUUGGUUUGCCCCGUAUAUUCCCGACCGUGUUCUGUGACUCGGACAAGGACGCUCCUGCGCCCGCCUCGCGUGCGGUGUCUGCAAUCAACACUGUCAAGAGCGCGAUGGCCAUUCCGGAGACCGAACUGAAGCGCUGGAGGAGGACGUUUGACACAAAUGCCCAGACCGCUGUUGACGGCCAAAACUUCAUGAACAGCGAGCAGUUCGUGAACGCGAUCGCCCCGAAGGGCGACCUGUACAAGAUUGGGCGCGCGCAGUUCGCGACGCUCUUCCGCGUCGCGGACACGAACAAGCGCGGGCUGCUCUCCUGGGAUGACUUUGUGGUGUUUGAGACCAUUCUGAAGCGGCCGGAUGCGGACUACUGGAUAGCGUUCCAAUACUUUGACGUAGACGAAUCGGGGACCAUCUCGUACGAUGAGUUCAAGAACGUGUUCAACGCGAACAUCGGGUCCGACGCGAUCCCGUUCGACUUUGAAUGCGACUGGGUGAAGCUGUACCUCGGCAAGAAGAACGGCGCGCACGUUCUCGGGUACAACGAAUUCACGCAGUUGAUGAAGGGUCUCCAGGGGGAGCGACUUCGUCAGGCAUUCAAAUACCUGGACAAGGAUCAGGACGGGUACAUCCGCCCGGAACAGUUCAAGAAGAUCAUCCUAGACAUUGCGGGACACAAGCUCUCCGAUGCGGUUAUAGAGAGGCUGCCGACCUUGACCACCCUGAGCCCCGGAGGCCGCAUAUCCUACUCCGAGGUCGUCGCCUUUUACAAUGUCAUUAGAGAGAUGGAUAUGGUAGAGCGCAUAAUCCGGGAGGCAACCGCAAAAUCGAAGGACGGCCGUAUCGACCAGUCGGACUUCCUCAAUCACUGCGUCUCCAGCACGCGGUAUUCGCUGUUCACACCGAUGGAAGCCUCCAUCGUCUUCCACUUCGCAGGCCGCGGAAAUCCCACACAGCGCCUCGCGCUCAUCGACUUCGCACAGCUACUGGAUCCGCGCUGGAAGGCGCCGUCCGAGGCCGUCGAGACGAAGCCCGUCGCGUCUGUGCAGUCGUUCCUGCACGGGUUCGCACACUCCGCGUACAACUUCGGACUGGGAGGUAUCGCGGGCGGAUUUGGGGCUACGAUCGUGUACCCCAUUGAUCUCGGUGUGUCCGGUCGUGCUAACCAGCGGAGCACGGUCGUCGGGCAGCUGCUGUACAAGAACAGCAUGGACUGCGUGCGAAAGGUGCUCAGGAACGAGGGCUUCCUCGGCUUCUACCGUGGUCUUGGCCCUCAGCUGAUCGGUGUCGCGCCGGAGAAAGCUAUCAAGCUCACCGUUAAUGACUUCAUCCGCUCGCGCACGAGGGACCCGGAAACUGGCCGCAUCGCGCUGAAGUGGGAGCUUGUUGCCGGCGGAACCGCUGGUGGUUGCCAAGUCAUCUUUACGAACCCUCUGGAGAUUGUGAAGAUCCGUCUCCAGGUGCAAGGCGAGGCAGCUAAGCUGGAGGGAGCAGUGCCCAAAGGCGCUGUCCAUAUCAUUCGGCAACUGGGCCUGCUCGGACUUUACAGGGGCGCGAGCGCGUGCUUGCUGCGCGACAUCCCGUUCUCCGCGAUCUACUUCCCGGCGUACGCGCACCUGAAGAAGGACCUGUUCGGCGAGGGCUACAACGGCAAGCAGCUCUCUUUCCUAGAGACGCUGACGUCGGCCGCAGCUGCCGGUAUGCCUGCAGCGUAUUUCACGACUCCGGCCGAUGUCGUGAAGACCCGAUUGCAGGUGGAAGCGCGCAAAGGCGAGACCAAUUACAAGGGGCUCACUGAUGCGUUCGUAAAGAUCUAUCGCGAGGAGGGCUUCAAGGCGUUCUUCAAGGGGGGGCCGGCACGCAUCAUCCGGAGCAGCCCGCAGUUCGGGUUCACGCUGGUUGCGUACGAGUAUCUGCAUAAGUACCCCUUCAACGGGGCAUCGAGGGAAGUGGAGACGGGGCUCACGUCGCAACCGGAAGACAUGGCGCAGGUACGGGCGCGGAACGCGUUGCGGAUUCUAUUGGACGUGCACGGGGACUUCGGGCGUCGGUCUGGGUGA